AUGCUCACUACCAUAACCGGAAAGAGAGCGGUAGUCAUCUUCCUGGACAUGGAGAAGGCUUUUGAGCUGACAAACCGAGGGGCCAUCCUCACAGCGCUGGUACACAAGGGAGUUGGAGGCAAAUUGCUAAAGUGGACACAGGACUUCCUCACUGGAAGAAGGGCGAGGGUACGCUUCCAGGGCCAUCUAUCGGAAUACAUAACCUUCGAGAACGGCACGCCGCAAGGAAGCAUCUUAAGCCAAUAUCUUUUUAACAUACUCAUGGAAGAAUUGGCUUCUCUACCACUGGCAGGAAACACCAAAGUUCUCUACUAUGCUGACGACAUAGCUAUUGUCUCAACCGGCCCACACUACCUCAAGAGGGCCCAAGAAGCCAUAACAGCAGUCACAUCUAGAUGUCAAUCACUAGGUUUAAAAAUAAACUUCGCAAAAACGAAGGUAGUCUACUUCAAAGGUAACAGACCACAGCUACUACUCAGGGCACAUCAAACCAACAUUGAAUGGUCUCCAUGCCACCAAUACCUCGGCUUUUGGAUGGAUGGGAAACUGCGCCUUCACCAACAUGUCUCCGAAACCAGAAACAAAAUCCACGCUAGGCUAAGGAUCAUGAGGUCCAUCAGAUCUCAGAGUCCUGAAGACCUUCUACCUCCAGGCAAUAAGGACUACACAGUCCCCGUACUUGCAACCAUCCACCCCACUCAGAUUGAGCACCUUGAAAAACUACAAAACGAAGCGCUGCAGAUAAUGUUGGGAGCGCCACGUUGGACAAAGGUGUGUAACAUAAGAGCAGAGGCCAAGAUCCCACAAGCAAAAUACCAAAUCCACGUCAUGAACACAUGCCUUCUUGGGAAAAAAGCUGCACACCAACGGUACUCCAGUAUUAUCCGGAACGUCCACCAGAGCCUUGCCCACAACGAGGAGCUUUUUAGGAAAAAGACGUGGGCCAGCAAAACAGCUCAGGGCAUCAAAUCCAUCCAGGCCAAGGGUUCCUUUCUAUCUAGAACCCCAGAUGUCCCACAUCCCACCUACACACAUGCACCUCCAUGGGCCGAGUCCAGCCUCCACUUUUUCAUCACGCCCCUGACUGACAAGAAAGAAAACCUCACCACCACAGAUCUCGCCCGUCAAGCUCAAAGGGCACUUGCUGCUGGUAACACAGAUGGAGCUGACGUAUACUUUAUGGAUGGAUCAGUAGACCAGAAGACAAAGAGGACAGCGGCAGCGUUCGUGCAUGAGGAGGAGAUAGGACACUACCGUCUCCCUGAUCACUCCUCUACACUGGAACAGGCCAAAACACGACAGAAACAUGUCAUCAUACACACAGACUCCCUGGGUGCCAUCCAAUGCCUGCAACAAGAUAACAUAACAGACAAUAAAAGCCUAAUCACCUCCAUUCAUGCCCAAGAUAUACAGAAUCAAGGCAGAAGAAUCAACCUCAACUGGAUCCCCAGCCACACCGACAUAGCAGGAAAUGACCAGGAAGACCAAAUUGCACGGAAUGCUUUACACCUCCCAACAGUAACUGUGCAUGUAGCCCCAUUCAGAGCUCAGUUCACCAGUGUGGUUAAAAAAAGCAUCACAGCUAACCUGCCAAAAGGAGGUCCGACGCCUCGCGGCUGA